AUGACCACCAUAGAGGUGACCAGUCCUCUAUAUUUACAUCCCUCUGAUGGAACGAACUUCAUUAUUGCUGAGAAGUUACAAGGAUCUGCAAACUACAGACCUUGGAGAAGAUCAAUGGAAAUUGCUCUAGCAGCAAAGAGAAAGCUUGGGUUUGUUACAGGGGUUGUAAAGAGAGAAUCCAGGGACACAGUUAAGGCUGAGGCAUGGGAUACUUGUAACAACAUGAUAAUAUCAUGGAUUCUAAAUUCUGUAUCAUACUCCAUUAAGAAGUCUGUCAUGUUUGUAAGUGAUGCUGGACAGAUAUGGAGACAACUUGAGCAAAGAUUUACUCUAACAAAUGGCUCAAGAAAGUACAAACUCAAUAAGGAUUUGUAUGAAGCAAGGCAACAAGGAAAAGCUGUGAGUGAGUAUUAUACCACAACGAGGUGCUACUGGAAAGAACUUGAGUCACUGAACUCACUUCCACCAAUCACUUCUGUCACAGCAGAAGUAACUGCAUUUGUGGAAGCUCUCACUAUGCAGAAGGAAGAACAUAAGCUAUUUUUGUUCCCAAAUGGCCUAGAUGAGGCAUAUGGAACUCAGAGGAGUAAAAUACUCAUGAUGACACCUCUCCCAUCAGUAGAGACAACUUGUAGCUACCUUGAACAAGAGGAAGCUCGGAGAGAGAUCUUGUGUAAAGUAAAAGAAGAAAGGGAGACUCUUGCUAUGUACAUUAAAGGAACACCUACUGGUGAACAAACUGGAAAUCAAUGCAGUGUGUGGAAAGGGAAGAAUCAGUUCACAUCUCAGUAUAAAGGAAAAGGGAGAGGAAGUUCCUCUGACCAGAAGUGGAACAAAGGAAAGCAAAGUGGAACAAGGGUUGCUGCCAAUGUUCAAGGGCAACAGAGUGGUGACAACAACUCUGCUGCAAGUGGUGAAGCCACUAUCACAGCCCAACAACUGGAGCAACUCCUCAGGCAUCUUCCAACACCAUCUAAAGGUGGAGAAAUAGAUGAUGAAAUGGAUGUGAGUUACUCAGGUAUGGUGUACUGUCAUUUUGUUGAUACUAUGAAAACAAAUGAUGACUGGAUCUUGGAUUCAGGAGCAUCUGAUCAUAUGACAGGAAAAAUUAACAUUUUGAGUAAUGUGUCUGUAUGUAAGGGAAAUCCCUUGAUCAACUUGCCUACGGGAGAAGCCUCAAAAAUCUCCAAUCUAGGUGAUGUUACUUAA